ACACACCCACGCGUUCUGGAUACGGGGGAGAAACGUCAUGAACGGAAAAAGGAAUGACGCAGCAAUUUGAGGCCAGAGGAAGGGCUGCUGCCCAGGAAGAAGAGUGCACCACAACACAAAGGUAUACAUACACACACACACACACACACACACAGAGUGCUGCUGGAUUCAGACUCAUGACUGUGGAGGAAUAACAGGAUCAGGUAUGAGAAUCAACAUUCUCAGUUUCUGUCUUUGGGAAUACUAAAAAUAGCACAUGGGUAUUGUGUGUGUGUGUGUGUGUAGAGAGAGAUUUGAGUUGACACUAGGAAUACAGAGCUGAUCAUGUGACAGUAUGUGUGUAAGAGCCCUUUUUAUGAAGGAUGGUAUAGGAGACUGGAGAAUGGUCCUUCAUUAUGUACAGGCGGCACUGCACACUGACUUGCACACUGUGUUUUUAAUGUGUAGUCAGAGAAGAAGCAGACAAGAGACGAUCAUGACCGGGACAACUGCACUGCAGAUGAUGGUGGUCCAUUCCAGCUGUAAUGGGAUGGUGGACAACUUGCACUCCCACGCCGUCCUUUCUCGGCUGAGUGAGCAGCGCUCACUUGGCCUGUUCUGUGAUGUUACCAUUGUUGUGGAGGACAUCAAAUUCCGUGCUCACAGAAAUGUCUUGGCUGCAACUAGUGGAUAUUUCCGUAACGCUUUCACAGCCUCUGAUACUUGCGGUUCCAGUCAGGUGCUGGAAAUUCCAGAUUUGAAGUCAGAAGUAUUUGCCAGCAUCCUUAAUUUCAUUUAUUCCUCCAAAGUGGAUUUAGCAAAUAAAGGGGACAAUAAGUCCUUAAUAGUUGCAGGGAAAAAAUUAGGGAUCCCCUUUCUGGAGAAGCUUCUUGAGAAUGAAAGACAAGACUCUGGAAUGGCACAAAGUCAAACCAUUGCUAAAUCAGAAAGUUCAUCUAAUCAGACAAAAAUGUCUAUUUGCUGCACUUUGAAAAAGGAGGCACCACGGAUUGAGGAGCAAGAGUGCUCCAAAGGUCCACGAAUAACUAAUGCUUUCUCCAUCACAGAAGUGCCAGAAGUUAACAACCCAUUUACUUCAGUGGACUUGCGUAGUAAUGGCCACCAAUCACCAGACAUGUCUCACCAACCACUAUCAGGAAUGCCAUCUGUCGAAAGUGAUUCUGUUGAUGCCGUAUUUGAACACUCAUAUGCCGUAAGCCAAGGCCUUCAAAUUUCGGAGUUAAAAGAGAAGGUACAACAAUAUGAUAAAGAGGUUAUAAAGCCUGUAGUGCUACCUUGCAAGACUCUGACUAACCAUAAGCUUGGUCCCAUUAAAAAGCGCCAUCGACUUUGCAAAGGUUUGGCACCCAUAUCCAGUGAAACUAGUGAACUCGUUCAGAGUCCUGUUAGCAGUUCUGUUGUACAAAACAGUCCCCCUGACUCCACAUCGACGCUGCAGUCUUCAAGCUCAAAUUCAGCCUUGUGUUCUGCCCCAGACUUGUUGCCCCCACCUGAGAUUUUGCCCCCACAGGAUGACGAUGAUCCACCUUCCUUAAUUCCUGAAGAUGUACCAACAUCUACAACUUACCGUUGCCAGCAAUGUCCUGAGGCCUUCAGCAGUUCAACACUCCUUGCUGUCCAUGUGCAAAGCCACAAGAGGAGAUUUGUCAGUCAUCUGUUUUGCAAGUACUGCUAUAAAAAGUUCAUUCACUUGAAACGAUUGCGCAAUCAUGAACAAGUGUGUGUGAAAGCUCUACCACAGCUGGAGCUGAAUGGCAAAGAGGCUUCAGCCAGUCUAGACGCAAGUAACACACCCAUGCUAGAUGAUGCGUCUUUCCCAAGUUCUGAUCUUCAAGAUCCUCCAGAACUUGAUAGUACGUUAUCAGGCUCCUUGGAAGCACUUCAAGAAGGAGUUACCAAAUCAAGCAGUCAGCGGGCUUAUAAAUGCAGUGUGUGCAAACGAGCCUAUGUAACUCUGUCUAGCUUAAAAAGACAUGAGAAUGUGCAUUCAUGGCAAAGAGCCUAUCCUUGUCACUACUGCAAUAAAGUUUUUGCUUUGGCAGAAUACCGUACCAAACAUGAGAUCUGGCACACAGGAGAGCGGCGCUAUCAGUGCAUCUUCUGCUUGGAGACCUUCUUGACUUACUACAUCUUAAAAAACCAUCAGAAGUCAUUCCAUGGCAUUGAUCCACGUCUGGCAGUGAAUAAAAAAUCUGCUAAUGGUGGUUUCAAGGGAAGUGUAUACCCCAUAAAACUCUACAGACUUUUACCAAUGAAGUUCAAGAAGAAAAGAUACAAGACUUACUCUGAAGUGAUGGGUAGCCAUGAGCAUUCUUUCACUGCCCCGCUAGAUGAUAACUCGCAAGCUGCUCCACUUAAAGGCACAGCUCCUAUUUGUAACCCAGAGAGCACCACUAGCGGUCAAUCAUUAUUCUCAAUGCCUGUGACCUUUAUGGCAACUCCAAAGAUGGUGGCUUCAGAAAUGCCUCACAUUACCUUUGAGAAGCCUUGUGACGAAAGUGUAGAAACUCCUUUGUCUUCUGAUAAGAAUUUGACUCAUAUUGAAAAGAGAGGCUUUAACCCCACUAAUAGUGGAUUGGCAAGCUUUCAGGCCACUGUGUCCCCUGUUUUUGGUUGUGGAUACACCCCGUCUUUGACAGAGGAAAACACAAGGCCAUCUACAAUAAUGAACAGAAAUGACUCGUCUUCCACACAAUGCAGUAGUAACACAAGCAGAGAUGUUCUGCCAUUCCUCAACAUACCACCUGUGUGCUCAUUUGAGGGACUGAGCAAGCUUAGUGAAUUAUCAGCAGCUGCACAAACUAUUGAAGUAAUGGCUAAUCAGCUGCUUCAGCCACAGCCAGAGACCCUGACGCAGAACCUUCGCCCUGAUGGAAAGACAGAAACAUACAUUGCCAAGCCUGCUUGUCCUGGUCCAUCAGUGAACAACCAAGUCUUGCCACUGUGCCAGAUAACUGUCAAAAUUGGCAAUGAGGCCAUUAUUCGUCGCAAGAUACAAGGUUCAAAGCUGUUCCCAAAGAGGAAAAAGAGAAGAAACUGGAAGCAAGAUAAUGAAAAAGGUAAUGCAGCAGAGGAUGAUAUAGGAUUACCAAACCUACGCUUACGGACAGAGGUUUCAAGCUCAGUCAGAGAAGAUGAACCAUACGAUGAUGUGAAUGAUCCUGAAAAUGACAAACUGUGGCGCCCUUAUUACACAUACAAACCUAAAAAGGGCAAAAGAUUCAGAUCCAAGCGGAAAAGGUUAAAGGCUUCUCAGUAUUAUACAAAGCCAUUGUCUCCUGAACCAGAUGAUGACUUCAUGGAAAUGGACUGUGGUCUUGAGAAAAGAGUCACAGAAGAGAGAGCCGAGCCAAAGAUGGAACUUAGAAGUCAUAGUCCAAAAGAGAAUUUUACCUGCCAUUUCUGUAGCACCUCCUUCGCAAGUUCAACCUCCCUCAGCAUGCAUAUCAUCGACUGCCAUCAGCCUCACUGCAAGACUUGUGGUAAGCAGUGUCCUCUUGAAGAGCUUCCCAAAACAGAUGUCCCAUUCACUGAGGACUUUGUCUGCCAACGUUGCACUGAGGAUGGCUUAUGCUUUAACCCAACAGUGACCCAUAGCUUGAGUAGUGAAAAACGCUACCGCUGCUCAUACUGCCCACAACGGUUCCUCUACCUUGCCACCAAAAAGAGCCAUGAAGCAAAACAUCUUGAGAGGUUCAGUAUGGAACAUAGUUGUCGGUACUGCCCUAAAGUGUGCAAGUCUGCAAUGCUGCUGAGCAUACAUGAGAACAAGCACUUCAAUAAGGUAAAAGAGACAGAAAACAGUGAGAUAAAGGCAAUCACAAGGUCAUACCUGCCAGCUUCAGACAGCAAAGAACAACCGAAAAUUGAACCUUGGGCAAGUCCUAAAAUCUGUUUACCACUCAGCCCUAAAACUGAGGAGGCACUGGAUAUGGAUGCUAAGGGAACUUAUCCCCAAAUCCCUCAAUGCCACAAAAAGACAUCCCUUUUGUUGUCCUAUAAAGGGGACAGGACUCCGUUUCAUCUCGAGAAACAGAUAAGAAAAUCUAAGAAGAAAAACUUUGUGGAUUUUUCUAAAGAUUCCACACUGGGAUUUGAGACUCAAGCACACAAGGGCCAUCUGCCUAAAAGUUUAAUAAAUAACCAACUCAACACAUCCAAUCUCUAUACAACGUGUCUGACAAGAGUGCCUGCCAUGAAGGGAGCUUCCUUGCAGUUGCCCAAGUCAGAAUGGCAUUUGUGUCAAGAGGAACCUGUUUUUUACACCCAUAACUGAUUCUGAAGGAAGGAAGUGCAGAAAAUGAUGUUACGCAGUAAACGUUAAUGAGCCCAGUAUGAAUAUGCACAUAUGAACCUGUGUAACACAUGAAAGUUGUUAUAGUCACUUUACAGUGGUGUAAAUAUAAAGUAUUUUUAUUUGUUUCCUGCAAAAUACUGUUGGUAGUUUUUUAUGUUUUUUUUUUCUAUGAGAGGAGAAUUUUAUUUUUGUAUGUUUUCAUUUGCCUCACUGGAUCAAGAGGAUGUGUCAUUACUUAGAUGCUUAAGAGAAGCAGGACUUAAUCAUGCUUUAAAGAUUAAAUUAAAAUGUUCAUCAUAUUCACAUUAUUUGUUACAUGCACUUGAGGGCGAUUCAUUAAUUUAUCAUUCAUUUUGAAAUACGCUUAAGUGAACUGGGCAAAUCAUUUGACAAGCAUGGAAAUUCUAGCAGGUAGAUGUCACCAUAACUGCUGUAACUGGCAAGUCAAAUAAAUUAAAAAUGUAGUUUAUUUUGUGUUUGAUUGAAUUAAAAAAAAAACUAGUUCAAAAGAAAUUGAAGCAGUAAAGCGAGUCAUAAUUGUGAAUCAAAUGAGUUGACUCUUGUAAUAUUCAAUGAAAUGUGUAAUUCUGUAAUGGUUGACAUUACAGUGACUGAUACAGUAUGUUCAUACAAAGUGUCUAUGGUGCCCUCUAUUGGCUAGUUAUAGUAAAAUUCUUAACCCUGCCCUGAGCCAUAUCAGUGAAUGGACCAAGCUACUUGUCAAGUUACUUGUCCAGUCGUUUAUUUUGCAGUUGUGUUCUGUAAGAUUUCCUGUCAUGUUUAUAUUUGUUCCAGUAUUUUUUGUUUGUGAUGAAUACAUUUUAAUGAAGUUAUAAACAUACCGAGUGAUAACUAAUACUAACGCACUUGAUUCAUGGGCACGUAGACACUUUCCCUUAUCUGGCAGACCUGCAUCAUUUAACAAUAUAUGGUAUAGGAUUGCCACAGUACCUAUGUAAACUGUAUGGUUAAAAAUGGAAAUUCUGUGCAGCUUCUCCUUUGUCAGUGGGUUACAGUGACAGCUGGUUAAUAACUUUCAGUGAAUGUUUCAUGAGUCAGUUUGUUUAAUCCGUUUGUUUCCAGUUAUUAACAUAGUAGACUGUUUUAUGGGUAUGUAAAAGUAUUCCAAGUACUCCAAGUUACUAUUAUGGGCUGGGUCACCUGAAAAUAAAAUUUUUCAAAAAUGGGCAACCUGCACAUGCCCAUUGAGGUUUUGAAAUUGUAUAUGAAUGAGAUGGAUCUCCUUUUAUUACAGUUGUUGACCAGGUUAUUACCUAUGUAACCUGUAACUUCUUAUUUAAUAACGUGCAUGUAUUACACCCAUGUGUAGAGGCUGCAGAAUAUGAUGUGUACUGUUCCUGAAUCUACUGCUCUGGCAGUACAAACGGAUUUUCAAUAAGACAUGGGUGAACACUGUAUUCAAGUGUAACCUUCAGCGGUAGUUCCAUCCCAUCAGUACAUACAUAUGAAUAUAUAUAUAUUUUUUUUUUUGGGGGGGGGGGGGGGGUGUUAUUUUUAUUUUAGAGCUAUUGGCUAUGUUGGUGUUCUUCCCCAUUUCACCUUCUCUCCUGCUCAAAAUGCAUGCUUUUAGAGUUAGUCUUGAGACAUUAGACAUAACAGCAUAAGAUACAUCCUCACUGUGCUGGCGUGCUCAGGUUUAACGUUCUCAGAUUGGUUUUGCAUUUUCACAUGGGCAGAUAUUUUCAAAAACUCCUGUGGAAGGAUUUUUUUUAAACCUGAUGGUGUCUGCGCAGGCUUGGUUUUUUUUUUCCCUCCACAGAAAUGACUAAGUUAGAUCAGACUAAUCAAAACUCAUGUACUUCACCUUGACAUAGACACAGCUUGCACGCCGCCAACAUGUUUGUAGCAUUUAUUAGCUCAGUUCACAAUUGCUACUCUUGUCUGAAAUUUGAGUUGAAGAUUUUUUAAAAAGUGUUUAUUUCCAGUUAUCACUGUAAAAUAUUUAGCCACUAUGACAAUUCUUCUAUCUUUCCAUCUCUUCUUAAUAACAGCAAUGUCACUGAUGUCAGUAGGACCAAUAUUAUAAUUGUUCACACAAAUGCUCCUAUGAAGGAUGCGCAAUAAAUAUUAUUAAUUGCAAUAAA